UAAUAACGGAAAAUAAUUGAAAAAGGAAAAAAGAAAUGCAGCUGCUCUCCCCCUCCUCUGCUGCUGCUGCUUCUCCUUCCGCCUCCUCGAAAGCAAAUUUCAGUCUCUUCACUUCCUCGCAAAACACUAACCAAAAAUGCAUUAAGUACCCCUCAAAAUUGUCCUUCAAAAUCCCCACCAGGAACCUUUCAAUCCCAUCUUCCUCCAAGCAAUCUUCUCCGGUUCUCGACCAAAGACCACUCUCCUCCGAAUCAUCGCCCAGAAACAGAGAAACUGAAGGCAAUAUCAAGUCGGAGAAAGACUCUUUGGAAGGACUUCUUGUGGCUCGCCGGCCGGUGGUUGAGGUUUCUGGUACUGAAGACUCCAGUCAAGGUAGUGAUAAUAAUGUUGAUGAUGGUGAGAAGAAAUCUUCAGCGAUCAUCGAUGCUGGUCUCGAGGAGUUUGCCAAGAAGAUGCCAAUUUUUGAACCGGAGAGAGUGGAGGUAGUUGGUUCUUCUCAAGACAAGCCUCUCACAGUGAAUUUGGAUUUGGCACUGUACAAGGCCAAGGUUUUAGCUAGGAAUUACAGAUAUCCAGAAGCUCAAGAGAUACUAGAAAAGUGUAUCAGUUAUUGGCCGGAAGAUGGGAGGCCAUAUGUGGCUUUAGGGAAGAUAUUGAACAAGCAAUCAAAAAUAGCAGAUGCUAGAGCUGUGUACGAGAAGGGCUGCCAGGCAACUCUUGGUGAAAAUGCCUACAUUUGGCAGUGCUGGGCUGUUUUGGAAAAUAAGAUGGGUAAUAUAAGGAGAGCAAGAGAACUGUUUGAUGCUGCCACAGUUGCUGACAAAAGACAUACAGCUGCUUGGCAUGGUUGGGCAGUUCUAGAGCUAAAACAGGGAAAUGUCAAGAAGGCAAGACAAUUACUUGCCAAAGGCCUUAAGUUUUCUGGUGGAAAUGAGUACAUAUACCAAACACUAGCAUUGUUGGAAGCUAAAGCAAAUCGAUAUGAGCAAGCCCGUUACUUGUUCAGGCAAGCCACUAAGUAUAACCCAAAAAGCUGUGCCAGUUGGCUUGCAUGGGCACAAUUGGAGAUGCAACAAGAAAACAACCUUGCUGCUAGGCAACUAUUUGAGAAAGCAGUGCAGGCUAGCCCCAAGAAUAGGUUUGCAUGGCACGUAUGGGGAGUUUUUGAAUAUAAUAUGGGCAAUAUUGAAGCGGCAAGAAAACUUUUGAAGAUAGGCCACUCACUCAAUCCAAGGGAUCCUGUUCUGCUUCAAUCUCUUGCUUUACUGGAAUAUAAACACUCUACUGCAAAUCUUGCACGGGUGUUAUUCAGGAGAGCAAGUGAAUUGGAUCCAAGGCAUCAACCAGUAUGGAUUGCCUGGGGAUGGAUGGAAUGGAAAGAAGGAAAUGUAUCCACCGCUAGAGAGUUAUACCAGAAAGCUCUUUCAAUUGACUCAAGUAGUGAAAGUGCUGCUAGAUGUCUACAGGCUUGGGGUGUUCUAGAGCAGAGAGUUUGUAACCUGUCAUUAGCUCGUAGACUAUUUAGAUCAUCAUUGAAUAUAAAUUCUCAAAGUUACAUAACUUGGAUGACCUGGGCUCAAUUGGAGGAGGAUCAAGGAAAUUCUGUUCGUGCUGAGGAGAUUCGUAACCUUUAUUUUCAGCAGCGGACUGAAGUUGUGGAGGAUGCUUCAUGGGUUAUUGGGUUUCUAGACAUCAUUGAUCCAGCACUUGACAGCAUAAAGAAACUCUUGAACUUGGAUCAGAACCUAUACAGUAAGACACAAGAAUCUUUGAAAAGUAUAUCAGGAGAAAGUGAAAACGGUAGUGAUGGUGGUCCUUCUAGUGAUAAUGAUGCCAAUGCUAUAAAAAAUGGAAGUGGCUUUGAUUUGAAUUCUUUUAUUAAAGAAAGGUUGUCUCUAGAUCCAACGAAGUUGGAUAUUCAGCUAGAAACAUCUGGGACUCCUGCACCAUGGAGAGUGUCCCAAAGAAGAAUAUGGAGAUCAAAGAAAGAAACUACCACAAAAGUGUCAGAUGCCGGGAUUUGACAAGUUAAAUUGUGAGAGUGGCUGUGGAGUGGAAUGCAAGCUGCAGCUACUUGAGGCCAAGUUAAUUUUUCUGAACUUUACUCAUUGACAUCAACAACUAUUAUAUCAGGAUGUGCAGACAAUCUAUAAAGUUGUUUAUCCCCAAAGAAUAUGAGAAAAUUGGGUAUUUCUGUAUCAACUCAUUUACAUUGUAGACACUAUUAUUACCUGUUGUAGUUGCAGUACUUCCAGAUUCUGUUAAAUAAAAAUUUAUAUUCUCACAAA